AUGGAGGAUCUACUAAAGCUACCCGAAAUUUCUUGGGAGGAAAUAAAAAAACACACAGACGCGCAGAGUUGUUGGUGUGUAUUCUAUGGCCUGGUCUAUGACUUGACCAAAUUCCUGAAAGACCACCCGGGGGGCCAUCACGUAAUCCUCGAAGUUGCAGGCCAAGACGCAACGGAUUCAUUUGAAGAUAUCGGGCACACACUCGACGCUCGCGCGAUGGCUGAUGAGUAUCUUAUCGGCAGAGUAAAGGGAGAAACGAAUAUACGCAGAUGCACCCCGCCAAAGGCGAAGGAAUCAUCCGGGGCAUCGAAUUCUGGCGGUAAGGGCAAGGGAGGAAACACGUCUACGAGUCUGAUAGUGGUGAUGGUUGUUGUUGCUUUAAUUGGCAUCUGGGCGUACUACCAAUUUCAAGAUGACAGUAGCAGCUUGUACCGACAGAUAUCUACAGCCCCGCAACCCGCAAUCGAAUGA